AUGUUGACAGAAAGUCUUCCUUAUGCUUCGGUCUUGAGUGACGAAGCUGAGCAUACGUUGAAUGAAAUUGUAACGCAGCUAUGUUCUGCUGCGAAAGCACAAGAUUGGGGACCGGGCUGUGGUCAUUGGGUGAAACAACUUAACGGUUAUUUAGAUCUCAGGCACCCUUUAACACGUCAGACUCGCGCUCAAUUGGCAAAAGUUCUGUUUGAGCUCGUUAUCACACCUGGAAUUGAUGCCUCACACGCAGAAGUAUUUGCCAAUACUUGUGAUCGGUUGUUCGACUGGUUGAACAUGCCCAAAGCAACCGAAGAUAUUCUCGCCGAGGUACUCCCUCUCCUCAAUGCCAAUUCCGUUGGAGAUGCUUUCACCGUACAAUCCUAUCUCGUUAGGUUUCUUCCUACCAGAGAGUCGGAGUUGCCAAAGUACUCUCCAUCUGCAUGGUUGCCCACGAUAUUCUCACUCUGGUGUAUUGCACCCGGGUCAUUGAUCUAUCAAACCGAAUUCAUUGAUCUUGUCGCUCGCGUUGCUGAGGAUAAUGUCGGCGUGGAAAGUAGUAAUCCUGAUCUGAUUGGAAUUUUCACACUUGCUCAAGUCAAAAUCGUGUUUGCAACUGGGGCGAAAAUGAUGGACCUACCAGUAGGUAGCACCAGCAAUGGCAAUAGCAAUUCUGGAAGGGGAGGAUCAAGUAUGGGUUGGCCUUCAAAAAUUGAUCACAAGACUGGUAGCGCUAUGUUGUUAAGAAAAAAAGGGGAUAAAUUUAAAAUGUUGGCUAGAUUUAUCGUAUACACGAUCUUUCCUCCGUCCGGAAAUCCAAAUGAAAAAGCAACCCUCACAUACCUAGCAAAUAUGAUCCAAGCGACAGAGUCUUUUUACCAUCCAAGUAACUACGGAAGAUGGACUUUUUCGAUUGUAAGGUUUCUGCAAUUUCUUGGCUGGGAAUUUUUAAAGAGGUGGACGGAUGAACAAAAGCCAAAAUGUAAAACCCCCGUGUCACGAAAAUUAACGCCCGAACUUAGACGUCAAUUCGUUAUGAUUCUUAGAGGGGUCACAUUCUUAUCAAUGUUUGGUAAGGAUCCAUUAUCGGUUGGAUCGAGCCAGGCAGCAUUAAAAUAUUUAUCCUGGUUAGAACCUUCGUUGAUAUUCCCUGGACUGUUGGAGCGUGUUUAUCCCUCUCUAGAAACUUUGACUGAGACUCAUAGGACAACAUCGUCAAUUUCGGCACUUUCUCUUCUGGCUAUUCCACUUUUUUCUCGCGCUCAUUACCCUGCUGGUGGUAAACAUCUAGCGCCACUUCUACAUUUGACGAUUCCUGGUAUCGACAUGAAUGACCCGGUCAAAACAAUAUCUUCUUUAAUUUUUUUGACCCACGCAAUUAUGGGUGUUCCUUUGAUAGACUUGACCGAUGGAAAUUCCAGUAUGUCUGGCACCGCGGAGUUUGAAGAAUGGCUUGCAAAAUUUUUAAGACGUGUUUUUACUAUCUUUGAAAAUCUUCCCGCAAACGAUGGCGGAAAGAUGAACCUACACAAUAUGGAAACUGGAUUAAUCACUGUAUUGUUGCAUGCUUGUGAAAUUGUUGGCACCCAAAUGUCCGAGAAACUUCAAGAUAUGGCGCUAAAAAUGGUUAUCAAUUUUGCAUCCACCACGAUACUUCAAAAUUCCAUAAAACCAAUGGGGUACUUAUGUUCUACUUUAACAAGUCCAAAUAGGAAAAAGGCACUUGAUCAAUUCAUUCCUCUCUGUCGUUCAAAUAUUCUAGAUGAACUUAAGCAUGGUGCUUCAUCUACGCCAACAUCCUCCACACAUCACAUACAAUCCGAUACCACACUUCACUGGUAUCAAUGUAUUUUGUACCAUGUUGCGAUGUCUAGUGGUGCUGAUCUACUCAACUAUAAAGAAGAUCUGCUGGAUCUCGCCAAAGAGAUGGUGGAGAGAUGCCGUUCCAGGAAAGGAUACAUGUGGGCGGGAAAAUUUUUGAGAAUGAUGUUGGUUGCUUUAACUCAAAUAUAUCCAUUGGAAUGUCGAAAUGUUGAUCCUGGACGUUGGAACUCUGAUGACUUCCAACAAAACCAUCACAAAUAUUGGGUUCAACCAGGGGAUCCAGAAAAUAUUAACAUCGAUUGGCAUAUUCCAUCUGAUCCCGAGCUAGACUUUGCGAUGGAGAUUUUGGACACUUUUUUGCGACCGACUAUGCAAAAACUAGAGGACUUAAUGGAUCACGGAGUUGAUGAGAAUAGAAAGGUGUCAAACGUGUCCCAUGAAUUUUGUCGCUUAUUGAGCAUUAUUCGGAAUUGUCUUAGCGGAAUGAACACAUUGGUAGAAGAUGACGGUGACGUUGAAACUUCUGACUACAAGGAUGAAGAAACCGAAGCCGUUCGUCCGACAAAAAGUAUAUAUGCGGGGUAUUGUUUUACCGAUCCAAAAGAUCCACGCAGGGAAAUCGCCAGGCAAUUGCGAAAAGACUUGGGGGUUUUUUUGCAUAAACUGGCCACAUACUUUCGAGGUUCUAGAGAGGACAAUGUGGAAAGUUUGAAAAUUCUUCUCAAAGCUAUUAAGAUUUAUCUUACAGAUCGCGGUGUGGAAAAGGCCAAGUAUGAGGCGAGCAAGCGUGGUUAUCAGUAUGCCAAAGGAAUGCUGAAAGCUCCACAUCACGAUAAAAAGUACCCUCGUUAUUUAUUGGUCAAACGAGCUUAUCAGCAACAUUUGUGUCGUUUGAAAUUAAAUGCCUAUGGUAGGGCGAGAACAAAAUUACAUGAUGAUCUACUUUUAGAUUUGGUAGAGUUAUCGUUGAGCUCUUAUCGAGACAUAAGAAAGAUAUCACAGUCUUACCUCACAACUGCAUCCCGAUGCUUCAUUGGCGCAAAGCCUCUUAUCAUUCCUGUAUUGUUAGAGGCUCUAAAAUAUAACGAGGAAUUAAAUUCAAAGAGGAUGAAAGGUGCACUGUAUUUAUUGGGAUCAAGAACUUAUAUGUAUACGUGUUUGAGGGAUUGGAGAUUUGUACCUAAAUUUAUCACGCGAAUAUGCCAAGCCCAACACGAUGACAAGCAUUCAGUGCAAGAAAUGAUUCGCAAAGUUUUUUACGAUUACCUACUGAAUUACAACAAUACCGCAUUUAAAACAAUUUUUACUGACGGAUUGAACGAUGCAAUUUGCCGGUUGAUGGAAACUCUUUCAUUAUCAUUCGACGAAGGAAGGCUUAAGAGAAUCAAAGAAAAAACAGAACAGAGAAUGCAGUUGCAGAAAAAAAGUUAUUUCGAGCUUGUUGAAGAUCUCCUGGAACUGGUAAAAUCAGACAGUCUUCAUUGGCGAUUUGCUUCUAUGGCGGCCAAUUUCUUGGAUUUUUUGAUACGACCAGAAGCUCCUCCAACAUCACAAUUAGCGGAAUUUGCUGUUAAAAGUUUGAUUUCUGAACAUCCGGCUUUGAGAAGAAUUGCAAUAUCAACAACAACGAGAGUAUUAUUUCAUAUCAAGCAAAGAACCUUUAACAAGGGCGACCUCGAGUUCACUGCAACAAGUGAAACAAUUAAUCCGUUAAAAACAACCAUUGUUGUUCCAAAGCCUUUGCCGGAAGGAUAUACAAAUGAAUAUUUACUUUCAAGUCUGACUCCAAUCAACGAGAGCAAUGAAAAGAAUAUAUACUUCCUAGACAAAGUCUAUAUUGGUUGGUACGUUUGGCCUGACAAAAUAACAGUUUAUACACCACGUACUUCGGCUACUAUAAUACCUGAUAUUGAACUCGCAUCUCAACCCGCUUACCAUAAAUUUCUGGAAAGCUUUGAAUCACCGAAAUUCUGGUCUUCUUUAUUAGAUUAUUUGUCACAAGAGUCUUCAAGGGAUAGAGAAGAUAAUUUCUCUAUCAUAAAUGCGCAUCUUUUUAAAAGUAUCUUUCAGAUGUACGAAGACAGGUUUCUAGAUAUUGUCAAACCGGAGAUGCAAAGAUUGUGCGAAUCGACGGAAAAAAAUCAGCAACGUGCAGCGUCCGAAAUUUUGGGGGGUCUCAUAAGAGGAAGCAAACACUGGCGUAUAGAAAAUUUGCAAUCAAUGUGGAGUUGGUUAAUUCCGGUAUUAGAUAAAACGUUUAACUCGAUUACAUCAGAUUCUCUCAUAUAUUGGGAAAGAUUUCUGGGCUACAGUUUACGUAAUCGAGACCCUCGACGUGUCCUUCCUCUUGUCGAACUUGUUUAUGGCUCAGCUCUAGAUCCCAUCUCACGUACUUCCUUCGCAGAAUCAAAGAAACUAUAUUUUGUUCGCGCCCUUAUUAGUUCUUUUUCAUGGCGCAUAAUACCAAGAUCUCAACCAUUGCUCGAUCAUUAUUUUGAAAACGUCCGCCAUUCGUACAAGCAAGUGCGCGAUGUGUUGGCAGCCAAUAUCAAUUUAUUAUUGCAGGUGCAAUGGCACCCUUCGGUUAAUAACAUUGAUGAAAUUAUUGAAAAUAAUAUUAGAAUUGGAGACGGUGUGGGUCUCAUUCCUGUCACUCUGCAUACCAAUUUACAACAAAAAGUAGAAGAAUUAGUGCAAUCAUUAGAAACAUGGCGAGCCGAAAAAAAGCCAGCUGCGGCUGGAUCCUCCGAAUACGGAAAUGCUAGCAAGACAGUUCUCUCUUGGAUUUAUGAUGCUCUCACGGUUUGGCAAGCAUCUGGAACCUAUCCUUUGAUCAUUCCACUACUACCUUCGAUAUUUUUGAUGCAAGACGUAAAUGACGAUCAAGACCUUCAAUCCGUGGCAGCUCAUGUCUUAAAUAUCAUCGCUUCCUUCCCAUAUCCUCCUGACAUGGUGUCAUUGAUGAUCGACAAAUUUGUCGAAAUACUGAUUGAAACAUCCAGCUGGCGUAUACGAGUAAAAGCACUUCCGGUGUUACAAGUCUUCUUCUUUAAACAUUUGUUUAUGUUAAGUAAAGAAGAAAUGAUUAAAGUAAUGGACGUUGUCUCUGGAAUGUUAAAAGACACUCAAAUCGAGGUACGUCAAUUGGCGGCAAUUACAUUAUCAGGUUUAAUACGAUGUUCGCAAAGGGACGCUAUAGAUACUUUAAAAGAACAAUUUUACAAGUUGUUGGAGGUUAAGAUUCCAGCGAGAAAACGAAAAGGACAGGGACCCCGACCGGCAUUGCCCCAAGGUUUUCAGGAGGCUGUUCUUACACGGCAUGCAGGAGUUCUUGGUUUGUCAUGCCUGGUUGAUGCUUUUCCAUACGAAGUUCCUAAAUGGAUGCCAGAAGUUUUAUUAAAAUUGGCAGAUUGUAUAUCAGAUCCUGCACCAAUUCAGACAACUGUAAAGAAGACGUUUACUGAUUUUAAGAGAACGCAUCAAGAUACGUGGCAUGAAGAUAUGAAACAAUUCACAGAAGAUCAAUUAUCACAUCUAUCCGAUAUGUUAAUCUCCCCCUCUUAUUACGCCUAA